AUGGAGGCUCUCACACUUCCCGUCGCCUCACCGUCAAACCUCUUCGGCGCGCCCUCACACGACCAAACCCCGAGUGCCGUGGCCGUCAUGUCUUCAGCCACGGUCCCGCCAUCCACGCCCCGCAAGCCGGCCCCCAAGAGCCGUUUCGAGAGCAUCCUGACGACGCAUCCGACUAUCGCCGAAAGCCUCCUGGCCUCGCUGCCCACGCGCUCGCUCAUCGACCUGUUCCACACCUCGCGCCACCUGCGAUGCUUCCUGGCCGAAUACCCGCUGGCAUGGCGGACUCUGAGUUUCCGCGCGCCCCAGCCUGCCCUGGGCGUCAACAACCCGGACGGCGAUGCACUUGAUGGGCCGGCGCGAAACGCCAAGCAGUACGCCCUGGACGCGCUGCUGAUACAGGUGGUGGUGCCGUUCGGCACACGGCUGACGAGCCUGGAUCUCUGCAACACGGCCGUGUCCGGUGUGCGGCUGGUGUCGCGUGUGCUGGAGCCGCGCGUGCACACGCUGCAGCACCUCAGCGUGCGCGGCUGCAAGAACGUCUCCAUCAAGUACCACCUGGUGCCCUUCCUGGAGCCGUACGUGCACCCGGGCAGCCCGUGGGCCAAGACGAGCGAGCUGGCCCUGCGGAGCCUGUACACCUACCGCUGCCGCCACCACCGCCGCCGGCCCUACCUGCCCUCGUCCCUCAUGAGGCGCGACUCGGACUCGGAGCCCACCCACCAGCUCAUCGAGAUCUGCCACCAGCUCGGCAUCUGGACGGAUACCAUGUGGUGCACGACCCCGGGCGGCCGUUGCUUCAGGAGGAAGGACUACUACUCCGGCCGUGCGGCUCCCGGGACGAACGAGGUGUGGGUGCCUUUCGACAGGUUGUGGCGCUCGGGGAACAGGAUAGGACCGCCGGACUCGGAUAACCCGCCCGCUCAUUCUGACGGAAGGAUGUGGGAGGAUGCGGAGAGUGGACACGAUGGGGAGCCGCUCGGCACGAGCACUGGAUGGCCGCACAGGGGAGAAGGAAAGGACAUGCCUGCACACCUCCGGAGGAGCCAUCGGAUUUUCGUGGACGACAUCAAGUGCGAUCAAUGCGGGGAUGCCAUCCUGGAGAGGCCAAUUCCGCGGAAGAGGAGACGGACAAAUCGUGCCUUCACCAGCCAGGCCUUUGGAACCCUGACCAAUCUUGGAGUGAUCGCGGCGAGUAAUGUGCAGUCCAAUUCCCAGCAGACCGCCGCGGAGGAAGAAGAGAGGAAGAUAAGUAAUCGUUUCUGGUGGGCACCAGGUGCGACAAGAUCCCCGAACUUAAUGACUGAACUAGCCUCGGACGAUGAUGCUUCCGAUUCUGAUGAGCCUGGACCGCUUCAUGGAGGGAAUCCGCUAGCUGUCAUGAACGUAUCGACUCCGCCCAAGCUCAAUAUGAACUGGUGCUGCGUGGAACCGGUAUUUUCCGGCGGCGGAGGAAUAGUAGUAUUGGGACCCGGCGUCGGUGGCAGAGGAGCUGACAGGAUACGCGCCACGCCGCUGCCAAAGGGCCAGCAAUUCGAGGAUGCGGAUUUCAUGUCAGUUCUGCGGUCACCAGAAUUGAUACGGGAGCUCAAGAACGCCACUCUCUACGAACAUGUGUUGGGCGAGCACGUAGACAUCGUGCCGUAUCUCCAGCAAGAUCACUUAGACCUCCAGGCAGCGACAUGUCCACGCAGCUUAUGCCAGGACUGUUACCGCACGUUCCGGUGGAAGGUCGCCUGCAAGGCGUGCAAGAAGCCGCUGUGUAAGGAGCAUGACUUCCGAGGUCUGAAGGUACGUAAGUGCGGUUACCGAGAGCUGCACCUUGAGCGGGAAUACUUGAGGGCGCAUACUCCAACAACAUUACCCGUGUCGUAUCCUGAUUUGCACAUACCUGCAUAUGUGCCGCCGACCCAGCGUGCAGAGCAGUCCAGCGCGAUGGAAACCCAGGAUUCAACGGAUUCUCACUCUUCUUCCAAUCCGGACCUUCGGAGUAUAACGAAGUCGUUCCUCUUCACCUCUAAUCCCAAUGAAGAAGAAUCGGACAUGUCAAACUCUAUCCCGGCUUUGAAGAACUUGGUCGAAGGAUCUUCGGGUGUUCCAUUCUCUUCGCGUCCUCGUGCGCUCAGCGCUUCCGAAAACCGCUCGCCACGUUCAUUGUCCCCGUGGGCUAAGGGUAAGGCGCCCAACGAUGCUCAGCAGUACGCUUUGAGCAAGAGGAUUGCGGAAAUGGAACGAGCGCGCAUGAGGCUUCCUUUGCCAGGCACCCCACGCCACCCGGUGCAAUGGCGAGGGUGCGGCGCUUACUUCUGCCAGCAGCUUCGGCCGGUCGGUGACUGUCGACCGCGUUGCAACGCUGGUAUGAGGGAGUGCGGCGACUGUGGCGUCUUGGUCUGCGAUGGCUGUUUGAACGUCAACCCUCCCUGCCCAUGCGCGUAUUGCUCCACCCACUACCAUUGCCCGGUCUGUUCGAUGAAGCCUCGUGUUCAGACGCUGUGCCGCCGCGACGCUGAGCGCCAAGCUGCCCGUCUCAAGGAGUUGGCGGAAGCCGAACGUCGGGCUAAAGAAGCCGAAGCUCUCGUUAGAGCUGAUGAAAUGGCACUGGCUGUGGGAGAGUUCUUCCGGGAUUUCCUCGACGUCGGCGGGGCUCUUUUCGAACAGAACGAGUUCCUGGUCGAAGAUGCAGCAACGUCUGAAUUUGAGGGCGAAGGCGUUCGUCAUAUCGAAGUCGCUGCCCCAGCGCCUUUAUCGACGCCUUCUUUGACCCAUCCGCAGGACCAGUAUCCGAACUUGUUCCCCGAGGAAGGACCUCGUGCCGAGAGCUCGGCAAUGGGCGCCGCUGCCGGCGAUGCCAUGGACGGCAAGGCGCUCGUGGAAGCUAUCCUCGGAGCGCAGGAACCGGAGGUUGCAGUUCCGACCACCGCCAGAGCCUCGCCGGUUCUCAUGGACGAUGCACAAGCUGGAAGCCAGCAAACCCUCAUGACUGAGAACAGCGCCGAGAACGGAAGUCCUGGUUCAGAGCAGGGAGAAGAGCAUGAUUCUCGGGAUGCCGAGAACACGGGUGAUGAGAGCAGUAAUAACGGCAACGACAACAUCAGCGAUGCCGAGGCCGGUGCUGAGGAUAACGAUUCGUCUCACCUAUCGGCUGGCGCGUCUGCUGAGGUUUCCGUCGAGGCCUAG